AUGAUUUCUUUCUCUUCAAGAUAUAAUUGCUUUUAUCCAGUCUUGGCAAGUGCUGGGGUUUUCAUUUGUGCAACUAGGGUUUCACGUCAAGGGAAUUCUUCUGUGAUUCAGACUUUAUCAUCCCUCUUGAUCUGCCUCUUCAAGGAUACUUAUCCUUGCCUCAAUCAUCAAGAAGCACUCGUAGCACAACUGUUUCUGCAAUCGUCAACCUUCAGCACAACUGUUUCUGCAACGAUAUCACGCGCAUCCCACUCAACAUCUUCGUGUUUCUGCAAGGACGUGCACGAACCACCUCGUCAACGUGAUUCUCAUAACAAUAGCAAUGCGGGGAUUGAAGUAGAAAGAGACGCAGAGAUUGAAUCAAAGAUGAUAAGAGAGGAGGCACAAUACUUGUUCACGACGAUGCUGAUUAAAGAAGGAGAUCGAGAUCGAACAAAAGUGUGA